AUGUCACUACUACAGCAUCUCAUUGCCACUAACGAUGAUGAUUCCAAACUACCGUUGCCUCAUUGGGUUAUUACCAUAUCAUUCUAUUCAUCACUAACAUCAGCAUUCAUUAUAUCUAUUAGUAUAUUGCUCCAUUUACUCAACUAUCGCAAACCUUUCCAACAACGACUCAUGAUUCGAAUACAAUUGAUUGUGCCGCUUUUUGCCCUCAGUUGCUAUUCAAUGUUGAUUAAUCAAACUUCUAUUUUCAAUCGAUUCAUUUUGGAACCUGUACGAGAGAUUUAUGAAGCAUUUGUCAUUUACACAUUUUUUUCAUUGUUGACUGAUAUGUUGGGUGGUGAGCGAAACAUUGUUAUAAUGACCAGUGGCAGAAAACCAGUACCUCAUCCUGGUGUAAUGGGGUUUGUGUUGCCUCCAUUAGACAUUUCUGACCCCAGGACAUUUUUACUGAUUAAACGAGGUAUAUUGCAGUAUGUGUGGUUGAAACCGGUUAUAUGUUUUGGUACAUUGUUUUUUGAGAUGAUGGGUUGGUAUAAUGUCAAUGAUAUGAGUUACAAGUCGAUUUAUUUAUGGAUGACGGUGAUUUAUAAUGCCAGUGUUACAUUGUCAUUGUAUAGUUUGGCGAUUUUUUGGAAAAUAUUGUGGGAUGAUUUGAAACCUUUUAAACCGGUGGGGAAAUUUCUUUGUGUCAAGUUGAUUAUUUUUGCAUCUUAUUGGCAAGGGGUUAUAUUGGCAAUUUUGAAUUUUUUCGAAGUACUUCCUGGGAGUGGCAAUGGAGGAGAAGGGGAUGGUUCCAGUUCUGGUUCCAGCUCAGGCGAAAGUAUUGGUGUAUGUAUACAAAAUGCAUUGCUUUGUGUUGAGUUGAUUGCAUUUGCCAUUGGCCAUUGGUACUCCUUUUCAUAUUUCCCAUUCACAAUAUCACAAUUACCUUGGGGUAGAUACAAGUUCCGGUAUGCAUUGAAAGAUUGGCUAGGCUUUAAAGAUUUGGUGAUUGAUUUCCAAAAGACAUUCAAAGGUGAUCAUUAUAAGGAUUAUCGUCAAUUUGAUUCAGUGGAGGCUGUAGUGGCCCAUCCUGAAUCAAAAGGAAGAAUGAGUCGCAUUCAUCAAGGUUUACGGUAUCAUUAUGACGGAAAACACAAACACUGGCUACCUGAUAAUCUGAGCUUGCAUAAUGGGACAAAUGGGAACACGUUGCUAUCCGGGAGUGUACCCAGCACCUCGGAAAUACAUGCUUUGGAUAACGCAUCAUUGUUAUCGAAUAAUACAUCAAUGAGGGCGAUUUACCCGCAAUCGCCAAAAACGUCGCCACCUGGAUCACCAUUAAUAGGUAACGAUGGUGAUGACAAUGCAAGCAUUGAUGGAGCAACAGGAGAACCUCAGAUUGCCACAUCAACGAUAAUACUGGAUAUUAUCAACUUGGACUCUAUCCUAUCAACGAUUGAUUAUACCCGGGAACAAUUUGACCAAGAUGAAUUGAUUUAUGAAGAAGCCAUUGAAGAAAUUGGCAAUUAUGCUUUGGAAGAUGAUGAUGUCAAACAAAUUUUGAAUUAUCCCAUAGUUGAUGGUGUAUUGGAUAGUCAUGUUUAUGGAUACAAGGUUCAAAAGUUGCGACAACGUCAAGAUUUGCGUAAGGUGAAGCAACGUAAGGAGUCGAUUUUGCAACUGAAUCAGAGCUAUCGAUAUGGGAGUAUUGUGUGA